UUGGCGUGCUCUCUUAAUAUGAUGUCAUGUUUCUUGAAAACCAGGCAGUAUGAUGAGUGUAUCAGGGAAGGCACGGAGGUUUUGGCAUACGAUGCAAAGAGUGUCAAAGCCCUUUACCGAAGGGGUCAAGCAUAUAAGGAAUUGAGGCAAUUCGAAGAUGCAGUGUUUGACUUGAGUAAAGCUCAUGAAGUUUCUCCUGAAGAUGAAACUAUUGCAGAUAUCUUAAGGGGUGCAAAGGAAAGAUUAAGUGAACAAGGCAGUGAGCGUCCUUCAAAAGGAUUGGUUAUUGAAGAAAUAACUGAAGAAGAAACUGUGUCUUGCAACAAACAUGAAAGUUCAAAAUCAGAAAAUUUUACACCACCAAAAGAAACAAGUCAAUGCUCGAGAAGUCCAACUAAAAACCUUAGGGAGCCUCUAUCGAUGAAUUCUGAGUAUUUGAAAGCGCUAAAAGAUGAUCCCGAAUCUAUCGGAUCCUUCCAAAACUUUAUUUCUCGAGCCGAACCAGAAACCUUAUCUACUAUAAAUGGUGGGAGAGUUGAUGGUAUAUCUCCUGAUAUGGUAAAGGCUGCUUCAAAAAUUAUUGGCAACAUGUCCCCCGAAGAACUUCAAAGAAUGUUUCAAAUGACUUCCUCCUUCCAAGGGGAAAACCCAAUGACCAGCUUUAGCACUGGAUCAGUUCCACCAGACAUGACACCUGACAUGCUUAAGACUGCUAGUGAAAUGAUGGGUAAGAUGCCACCAGAAGAACUUCAAAAGAUGUUUAAAAUGGCCUCCUCUUUGAAAGGUAAAGAGGUGGGAUCAUCAACAUCAUCUCUACAUUCUAGUUCUGGGUCAGUUCCACCGAAUGUGACGCCUGACAUGCUUAAGAUGGCAACUGAUAUGAUGAGUAAGAUGUCAGCAGAUGAACGUCAAAAAAUGUUUGAAAAUGCGUCGUCUUUGAGAGGGACAGAUUCGGCAUCGACAUCGGCAUUUAAACCUAAUGGAUUCAGGCCAGAUGAUAAUUCUGAAACUAGAGAAGAUUUCAGAGCAAAUGGUGAUCAAGUUGGUGAAAGUAGUUUUUCUCAAAGUUUGCAUUCAAGAAGUGCUCCUCAAUCAAGCUUGUCAAGUUCGGAUACUGAUCUGCAGGAACAAAUGAAAAAUCAAAUGAAAGAUCCAGCUAUGCGAAAGAUGUUCACAUCAAUGGUUAAAAAUAUGAGCCCCGAAAUGAUGGCAAACAUGAGCGAACAAUUUGGAUUCAAGCUUUCGCGGGAGGAUGCAGAAAAAGCUCAACAAGCCAUGUCAUCUUUGUCACCUGAUGCGUUGGAUACAAUGAUGAAAUGGGCAGAUAAAAUUCAACGUGGUGUAGAAGGUGCUCGGAAGACAAAAAAUUUGCUUCUCGGAAGAUCUGGGAUGAUUUUGGCAGUAGUUAUGCUCCUUUUGGCAUUCAUCCUUCACUGGUUUGGCUUCAUCGGUAAGUAGAUGAGACCUUUUCUGUAUCACACUGACAUUAUUAAGCUGAUCCCAGGCACAAGCCUUCUUGUUUAAACACAUCUAGUGGGGGCGGUGGGGGGGAUGUUACAAGAAAGAAAGUGCAGGUUGGAAGGUCAGUGAACUAUAUUUAGAGGUAUAUCAGCAAAACAACCCGGCAACUGUUUUUGCUUAUUAGCAUUUACAGUUAAGUGUUUUGUUUCAGCGGAUAGUUGUAUGUUCAUUGUGAAAUAAGAUUACUUAAUUUAGUGCGGAAGAAAUUUCGCAAGUGAGAGCUUGCUCUACUUGUAUCAUUAGGUAAUCAUGCAUCUUUAAGAUGCUGUAAUGUAGAUUCUGAAUGGUGAAUCCUCCCAGCAGUUGGAUCAAUUUAUAUUCUUAUUUUUUGAAUUGUGAUUAAAUAUUUCUGUAAUAAGAUGAUGUUCUGUUUUGUUGUU